CUGGAUGUCUCCUUGCUGCACUGGCGCUCUGACGGCCAGUGGUUGACUGUUGAGAAGAACAUGAGCGGUCAUUUCAGGAAAUACAACAAUAAUACAGGAGAGGAGAUCUCGCCCUCCUCUGGUCUGGAAGAAGCAAUGCUAGCAUUCUCUCACUGGACAUACGAGUACACCAACAGGGAACUGCUAGUGCUGGAUCUACAAGGUGUGGGAGCGGACCUCACAGACCCCUCACUGAUCAGAGUUGAUGAUAAAAGCUCCUCUGGAGAGAUGGCGUUUGGACCUGCCAAUUUGGGUGAUGAUGCAAUCCAGAGCUUUGUUCUCAAGCACACCUGCAACUCCUGCUGCAAGAAGCUCGGUCUCUCAG